AUGACACUCCAACAGAACACACCAUAUGUGGAUCAUCGGCAUAAUGCUUUUAUCACAGAAGAGGGAAAAGAGGCUGCCGAGGAGCCCGCAGGCUACGAGAUCGACCGUAAAUACAGCAGCUCAGAAAUCAGUAAUGAGCGCGUAGGGGCAUUCGACCCCAGACAAGAAGAGACACUUCGCAGAAUCGCUACACAGACAAGGCAAUCAUUUGUGACACAACGUAGUCAAAGUCACAGCGCAGCAGAUGGCGGGGACUUGGAAAAGAAGGGAACUAUUGAUGGUCUUGAUUUCGAUAACGAAGUAUUUGACCCGAAAAGCGAAAAAUUUGAUCUCUACAAAUGGACAAAGAAGGUUCUGCAACUCAUGAAUGCAGAAGAUCUCAAGCUCAAGCGUGCAGGCAUUGUCUUCAAGAACCUCAACGUGAGCGGCUCUGGGGCGGCGCUCAACUUGCAGAAAAAUGUGGGCAGCAUGUUUAUGGCGCCUCUGAGACCCGAGACCUACAGCCUCAAGAAGACGCCACGCCACAUUUUGCACAAUUUCGAUGGCAUUAUGAAGAGCGGAGAGCUUCUUAUCGUGCUUGGACGACCGGGCUCUGGUUGCAGUACCCUGCUCAAAUCUAUGACAGGACAAUUACAUGGCCUGCAUCUCGAUGAUGGAUCGGAUAUUACAUACAACGGCAUUCCUCAAAAGCAGAUGAUCAAGGAGUUCAAGGGAGAACUCAUCUACAACCAGGAGGUUGACAAGCACUUCCCACAUCUCACAGUCGGGGAGACCUUGGAGCACGCCGCGGCGCUCCGUAUGCCCCAAGCUCGACCGCUCGGGCAAUCACGAAAGGACGCUGUUAAGCACCUGACGCAAGUCAUCAUGGCGGUGUUCGGUCUUUCCCAUACCUACAAUACCAAGGUCGGGAACGAUUACGUGCGAGGUGUAUCAGGAGGAGAGCGCAAGCGUGUGUCCAUUGCAGAAAUGGCUCUCGCACGCGCAGCCUUCGCGGCCUGGGAUAACUCGACACGUGGUCUUGACUCAGCUACGGCGUUGACGUUCGUCAAGUCAAUGAGACUUGCUGCUGAUAUGGAAGGCUCUGCUCAUGCAGUUGCCAUCUAUCAAGCCAGUCAAGCGAUCUAUGACUUGUUCGAUAAGGCUAUCGUGCUGUACGAAGGCCGUGAGAUCUUCUUCGGCAAGGCGUCCAAAGCCAAGGAGUACUUCGAGCGUAUGGGCUGGUAUUGUCCGUCUCGACAGACAACGGGCGACUUCCUCACCUCGAUUACCAAUCCUGCCGAGAGAAAAUCGCGGGAUGGCUUUGAUGGCAAGAUCCCACGCACCCCCGACGACUUCGUGAAGUACUGGGAAAACAGUCCAGAAUACAAGGAACUGCAUCAAGAGAUUGAGGAGCACGCGUCUAGUCUGGCCAGCUCAGAUGGAGAGCUUCAAGAAUUCCGCGACUACAAGAAUCAAUCACAAGCAAAACACACACGUCCCAAGUCGCCAUACGUCGUCAGUGUCUUCAUGCAAAUCAAGCUCAAUGCCAGACGACAAGCCCAGCGAAUCUGGAACGACAAGUCCUCCACAUUUACUCCUAUUAUCUCGAACAUCAUCAUGGCUCUGAUCAUUGGGUCCGUCUACUACGGCACGCCAAAUGCUACUGUGGGCUUCACCGCGAAAGGUGCUACGCUCUUCUUUGCUGUCCUUCUCAAUGCUCUCACUGCCAUUUCGGAAAUCAACAGCCUUUACGAGCAACGACCCAUGGUUGAGAAACACAAGUCCUAUGCCUUCUAUCAUCCUGCAACCGAAGCGAUAGCAGGUAUAGUUCUUGAUAUACCGCUGAAGUUCAUCUUCGCGGUAUGUUUCAAUGUCACCUUGUACUUCCUCGCAGGACUUCGACGCGAACCCGGACCAUUCUUCCUUUUCUUCCUCAUCAACUUCAUCACAAUGUUCACCAUGGCGGCUGCUUUCCGAACCAUGGCGGCUCUUACAAAGACGGUCUCUCAGGCUAUGGCUUUCUCUGGUGUCCUCAUUCUCGCCAUCGUCGUGUACACGGGUUUCGUCGUCCCCAUUCCUUAUAUGCACGACUGGUUCGGCUGGAUACGAUGGAUCAAUCCGGUCUUCUACGCGUUCGAGAUCCUCAUCGCAAACGAGUUUCAUGGACGAAACUUUGCAUGCUCCGCAUGGGUCCCUAUGUACCCUAAUCUGAGUGGCAAUACAUUCAUCUGUGCCACGACCGGCGCCGUGGAAGGCCAGGCCUUCGUCAACGGAGAUGCUUACAUCAAUGAGACGUACAGAUACUCAUAUUCGCACGUCUGGAGAAACUUCGGCAUUCUGCUUGGGUUCCUCAUCGCAUUGAUGCUGCUGUACUUCAUUACGGUCGAACUCAACUCCGAGACGACUUCGACUGCUGAAGUUCUGGUCUUCAGACGCGGACAUGUCCCCGACUACAUGGAGGGCAUGGCAAAGGGCAAGGCCAAUGAUGAAGAGCAGCAGGCGCCUGAAAAGGUUGCCAGCCAGAACGAAGAGGGUGCUGGCGACGUCAACGUGAUCCCGCCUCAGACGGAUAUUUUCACGUGGAAAAAUGUUUCUUAUGACGUUGAAAUCAAGGACGAAACACGACGACUUCUGGACGACGUUUCUGGUUUCGUGAAGCCUGGAACAUUGACGGCGCUCAUGGGUACUUCUGGAGCCGGAAAGACUACUUUGCUUGAUGUGCUCGCCCAACGCACUACAAUGGGCGUCAUCACAGGUGAUAUGUUUGUCAACGGGGCACCUCUCGAUUCGUCCUUUCAACGGAAGACUGGGUACGUCCAGCAGCAAGAUCUCCAUCUCGAUACCGCUACUGUUCGUGAAUCGCUUCGGUUCUCUGCUAUGCUUCGUCAACCAAAGAGUGUUAGUAAACAGGAGAAGUAUGAAUAUGUGGAAGAUGUGAUCAAGAUGCUUAACAUGGAGGACUUCGCAGAGGCCGUUGUUGGUGUGCCCGGUGAAGGACUGAACGUGGAACAACGAAAGCUUCUCACUAUCGGAACUGAGCUUGCUGCGAAACCAAAGCUCCUGUUAUUCUUGGACGAGCCUACCUCUGGUCUCGACUCGCAGUCUUCUUGGGCUAUUUGCGCAUUCUUGCGUAAGCUUGCAGACAGCGGUCAGGCGGUACUCUGCACAAUACAUCAACCUUCUGCCAUUCUCUUCCAAGAGUUUGACCGGCUCUUGUUCCUACGCAAAGGUGGUAAGACAGUCUACUUUGGGAACAUCGGCAAGAACUCGAGAACACUCCUGGACUACUUCGAACGCAAUGGUGCACGCAAGUGUGGUGAUGACGAGAAUCCAGCCGAGUACAUGCUUGAAAUUGUUGGAGACUUCAGCACCGACUGGUUCCAGAUCUGGAAAGACAGCAAUGAGGCCAAAGGAGUACAAGAGGAAAUUGAGCAGAUGCACCAAGAGCGCAAAGGAGCCCAAGAUCCGGACGAAGAUGCAUCUGCUCACAAGGAGUUCGCUAUGCCGUUUACGACUCAGCUCUACGAGGUCACGUACCGUGUCUUCCAGCAGUACUGGAGGAUGCCCGCUUACAUCGCAGCCAAGUUCAUGCUCAGUGCUGCUUCUGGUCUCUUCAUUGGGUUUUCAUUUUAUCAAGCCGAUGGUACACUUCAAGGCAUGCAGAACGUCAUCUACGGUCUAUUCAUGGUCACCACCAUCUUCUCGACCCUGGUGCAGCAGAUCAUGCCUCUAUUCGUCACCCAGCGAUCUCUUUACGAGGUUCGCGAACGGCCCAGCAAAUCCUACUCCUGGGUGGCCUUCCUCAUUGCCAAUAUUGUUGUCGAGGUUCCAUACCAAAUCCUCUCUGGCCUCGUCGUGUACGCAUGUUUCUACUACCCCAUCGUGGGCGUUCAAGCCUCCGAACGGCAAGGCCUGGUUCUCUUGCUCUGCGUCGUCCUCUUCGUCUACGCGGGCACAUUCGCACACAUGUGUAUUGCCGCUCUACCGGACGCACAAACUGCCGGAGCCAUCGUCACAUUCCUCUUCGCCAUGUCACUCAUUUUCAACGGUGUCAUGCAGCCUCCCCAGGCGCUCCCCGGGUUCUGGAUCUUCAUGUACCGUGUCUCUUUCUUCACGUAUUGGGUUGCGGGUAUGGCAGCUGCAAUGCUGCACUCCAGACAAGUGACCUGUUCUGACGUGGAAUUGAGUGUCUUCCAACCACCUGCGGGACAGACUUGCGGCCAAUGGAUGGAAUCAUACCUCACCACAGCACCGGGGACUCUCACGAACCCUGAUGCCACUGCCGAUUGCGCCUACUGCCAAACCAGCGUCGCAGACACUUUCCUCGCAGGAUCCAACAUCUAUUGGAGCCAACGCUGGAGAAACUUCGGUUUCCUGUUCGCAUACAUCGUGUUCAACAUUGCGGUCGCCGUAUUAGUGUACUGGUUCUUCCGCGUCCGAACCAGCAGCAAAAAGACCAAGACAUCGAAGAAGUCCAAGAAGAAUUCCAAGGGAGCACAGUCGGGACAAAACAGCGAAACCAAACCUCAGGGCCCACCGAAUGAAAUGGAGCCUACCGAAUCCCAUGAAGAUGACGACCAGGCGAAUGCGCGCAGUCCCGGGGCGAAUCAGGCACGAAGAAGGAGUAUAAUCCGAUCGCCGACGAUGACGGGCGUGGCGGGUGAUUAUUUGACGGCGAAUUUACAAAGGGUGCAUACGAAUAAGAGGAAUGCUCAGAUUAUAUAA